ACGUUUCCAGCGUGCGUGCGCAGUGACGCACACAUGUCCAUCCGCUUCCGUGUUUAGCAACGUGGAUAUCUACCUAGCUAGCUAGCUGUUUAGGGACUGUUAUUAAGACACUGCUGGUUGACUCUGAGUUGCUGCUCGGGGCCAACUGUACUUAUUUUUGUAUUACUUAUAAACAAUUAUAUUCUAGUCAGGAAACAUGGCCGAAUGCGACUGGGAUACAGUUACUGUCCUGAGAAAGAAGGGUUCUGCUGCACAGGCCAAGUCCAAAACGGCUGUGCGCUCUGCUAUGAGAAAGGGCGAAGAAGUUGAGACCUCAAAGAAAUGGGCAGCUGGGCAAAACAAACAGCAUCUGGUGACAAAGAACACGGCCAAGCUGGACCGGGAGACGGAGGAGUUGCACCACGAUAGGGUCCCUCUGGAGGUGGGCAAGGUCAUCCAACUGGGCCGCCAGAAUAAAGGCCUCACACAGAAGGACCUUGCCACCAAAAUUAACGAGAAGCCUCAGAUUAUUGGCGACUAUGAGGCAGGAAGGGCCAUCCCAAACAACCAGAUCAUGGGGAAAAUUGAGCGUGCCAUCGGUCUAAAGCUGCGCGGAAGGGAGAUUGGACAGCCCAUGGAGCCCGGCCCCAAGAACAAAUGAGGAUAAAAUCCUCGAAAAAGGCAUUCUUCACUUUCGCCUUUACAGUUUCAUCCGGAAAAAAAAGUCCUGACCAAAGAAGGAGUGACAGUGGCUCAGGCAUCCCAAGCUUACAUCAUCACAAGAAGAGAUAGGUUAUGGUUUUGGAAAAACGCACUGCAUUAUCAAUCACACAUACCCUGCAAAGACCCUGUCUAUCUUUAAUUUAAAGUGUUUAGUCACUUCACUUUGGAUGAGAAGAAACUUUUGCUGAUUCAACGCAAGUAACUACACCGCAGGGAAUGAUGAACUUAUUGCUCAUUUAUGCUACGCAGCGGACCUAGGUGAAAGUCACAGAAUGUCUUUUAACACAAUAAACGCAGCAUUUUGAUUACCAAUGCUGUACCACUUGAUUUAGUCAAAUAAACGCCAAGCAUGGAACUUCA